AUGGCGUCGGAAAACGAAUUUGAAUCUGGUCCUGGUACCCAAGUCACCUUCAGUAAUUCGUUGACUGCCUCUGAUCAGCCUGGUACUUCUCAUUUUACUGGAGACCCUCUCCUGCCGCCCCAGGCACAGACCUCCAGUCGUAAUGGAGACUCGCUUGCGACGAGUAAAGCUGGAUCCAUGCCACCUCCUGCACAGCCUUUCCAAACACUUCGCCAGCGCAACGAUAACAGGCCCCCGUUCCGGGUUGUCAGUGAUGCACACUCGUCCAAAACCAAUGGGGAGUCUUCGGGCAAUGACAGCAAGUGCAUCCAGGAUGGGGUGUAUGGCGGAACAGCAGACACUGGCAGUACAACGUGGACUGAGAGUACCAGUGUGCCUCGCAGAAACCUUGGGUUUCUUCAGAUAACCUCUCUUAUGCUUAACGCAACUAUUGGAAGCGGAAUAUUCAACACACCAGGCUAUGUGCUUGCGUUGACACGAAGCAAAACGAUCAGCAUGGUCCUCUGGGCCGUUGGUGGCGUCUACACGGGGUUGAGCAUGCUUGUUUUCCUAGAAUUUGGUACUGCGCUUCCAUUCAGUGGCGGUCCUCUGAUAUAUCUUGACGAGGUCUUCCCCCGACCGAAACUCAUGGCCACGGUGAUGUUCUCGUGUUUCUGGAUCCUCCUUGCCGGGACGAUCAGUUCUUCCAGGACUGUAGCGCAAAACCUCUUAUCCCUGGCAAAUCCUGAUAUGUCAACUUCAGACAUCCCGGAUGGUCAGAUCAGAUUCACGGCCGUAGUGGUUCAAACCGUUGUUUGCCUGUUGCUCUUCUUCGCUCGCCGCUUGUGUUUCCUACUCAAUACCACAUUCGCUUUCUACAAGAUUGUUCUUCUUCUGUUCAUAUUUAUUGCUGGCAUGAAAGCUAGCGGCGAAAGGGAACAUGUUGGCUUUGAAGAUUUCGACAGAGAGUACCCGGGAUAUAACGGUGUGGAUGCAUUGACGGCUAUGAUCUACAUCAUCUUCAGCUAUCAGGGUUGGGACAAUGCAAACUAUAUCACAGGAGAGAUCAGGGACUACAAGAAGACCCUCAGAAACGCUAGCAUUACAGCAUGCGCAACUUUGACCUGCUUGUACAUGCUGGCUACACUGGGAUUUUGCGCGGUAGCAGAUUACGCCACGCUCACGAACAGCAACGGACAGAACAGUUCCGCCCUUCAAUUCGCGGAGUCGCUUUUCGGAACCUCUACCGGAAUGAAAGUCGCCAUCACACUCUCUACCUUCAGCAAUCAAAUAUUCGCUACCUAUACCUCGGCCAAAGUCAAACAAGCAAUAGCCUGGCAGCGCAUAAUCCCUUUCUACCGAUUCUUCGGACGCCAAGACCCUUACUUCGACAGCCCGGGCGGCGCUCUCUUCCUCCACUGGCUGUUCACUAUCCUUCCCAUCGCCUGCUUCAACCAGCGGUCCGACGCCCGCGCCUUCUACGCCGGCCUCUACUCCUACGGCUAUCAGAUUAUGUUGCUCUUCCUGGGCAUAGGCCUCCUCCGCCUCAAAUCCAAAAUGCGUGCUCUCCACCCAGGCUGGAACUUGUACCUCCGUAACCCCUUCCUUCUCUAUCCGAUAUCCUUGAUCUUCGUCGCCGUCAACAUCGUGACUUUAGUCGUUACCGCUCUGCCGCGCGACGCCGGCAUGACGCCGCGCUUCUACUGGGCCGUUGCGGUCAUUGGUUCUAUGGGUUUUGGGUUGGUGUAUUGGGCUGUUCUCCGGAGUCUGCAGAUUCCGGUGCUGGGACGGCGAGAGGAGGGCGAGGAGAGGGUGAGGGAGGGCGAGAGGCUGGGAGGGACGGAGAAUGGAAGGGCCAGACGGAGCACGCUAGGGAAGUGGGUCGGGGUGGAGCUCAGCGUGUACGAGGGGGAUGAGGAGGUGCCGGACGAUAUGAGAUUCUUGAUGUAUGAGGCGGGGCUGGAUGGGAGUAGGCGGAGGGUGAGAUAUACUAUUUCCGGUCCAGCGGAGAAAUGCAAGACAUGGUAUUCCAAGUCUCAUGAUUGGAUUUUCAAGUACCUUGGUUAUGAAUAA